AAUUUCAUUUUCCUCAGUAUUAUCAUCAUCACUUUAUGCACUAUUUGUUUGGGGGUAGUGCCCAAUUAUGUGCAAGGUUUUUUCCAGACAUACAACAAGGGAUAUCAUGCCCUGGAGGAGUUUGUCUGAAAGAGAGAUGCAGACAGGUAGACAGAGGUUGGGCAAGGGAAGCAACAAAAGAGAUUUUCUGUGUUAAUCAAAAAGAUUCAGUAAAGGUGGCAAAAGGGGGACUUAAACGUGGAAAAGGUCAAGCCUUACAGAUGAGUUCAGGGAGGCUGAACAAUGCAGAAGUGCUAAGUGGAAGAAGGUAUGAAUGUAAUUGUUUGAGAGACUGACAAAAAGGUGAACAAGGGUGGGUCCAAGUUGUCUGAGGAAGAUAAGUAGGGAACUGUAAUGUGUUUAAUAAAUUAAGAAUGCUUAAAAGAUACACCAGUAAAUAUUUUCUGAUGGAGUUUUUAUAGCAUGAACCAACUUCUCUGAUUUUUAGAAAAGACCUUUCUCCGAUUUUUAAAAUUAAUUUCCACAGAAAAAACCUAAAGGUGGAAUUCCUCCCAUCUGGUUAUAGAUUACAAGGAAAUCUCUUAUCUAUGGUUAAGAAAAAUGAACGUCUGACUUGAUUUGAUUUGAUUUUUUUAUAAGUACAUAAAGCCUUGAAUGACAUUUUUACUGGUUAAAUACAAAACAUGACCCUAAAUAACAACAGAGCCUUGUCUGUACAAGGGAUAUUUUUGCAGACAAUUCCUGCUGUCGAUACAACUGAUUCAGCUCCAUUGGUUUUAUUAAUAUUGGGAGCUUUGCUGUAGAAAGCACCAUGUCAAUUAGACGUGAUCUGAGCAAGGUUACAUGACAUGGUGCUUAAAACACUAACGGCCUGUCUACUGCAAAGCUCCUAAUAUUGCUGACACUGACGGAGCUAAACUGAAAUAAGUAAGUCUGUACACUGCCAAAUCCAGGUCACUGAACUUAUGAGAGUAGUCUUGUUGACCCUGUGGAACUCCUCACAUGAGUAUGGUGGGAGUCAGGAGAUCUGGCUUCUGUUUCAGCUCUGCCAGUGAUCUGGUGUGUAACCUUGGGUAAGUCACUUUACCUCUCUGAACCCCUAUCUCUAUUCCCAUAAUCUCUUCAAGUCAGGGACUGUUUCUUCAUAUGUGCUUGUACACAGUGCAAUGCUUACAGUGAAUUUUUUUUUUUAAAAACCUUACCUGAUAAAGAUGAAAUAUCAACCGAAUGGGUGCACUACAACUUUUAAGAAGGAGCACUCUCUGGCAUGUGCUCCCAUUUCUAAGAUAGCCACCACACCACCCUGCUGUGCAGUUCCAGACAUUGGCAGAUGGUGUCUUGUCACAGUGCUGUUCCCUACUUGAGAGAGGAUUCAUUUGCUGUUGAAACAAAGCUCUCAGAGCUGAGAGAAACAUAGAGCAACUGAAUAUUUCAUUUUACAAAGAAAUGAAAGACAGGCAAAUUGAGCUCUUUAGUCAAGUUUUUUUUUUUUUUUUAAGGAAAGAAGGAGUGAUGCAAAUUUACAUAUUCAUUUCCUACCUCCACAAGAAACAUUUGUGAAAUGUUAAAAUGUCUUGAAGAAUGUCCCUACUUUCACUGAUGGAUGAAGAUGAACCAGAGCAUUUUGAUGGGCUCUCUCUCUUGUACUGGACUAUUAUGGGACCUCAUGGAAUCAAUCGAGCUGUUCACCGCAUUACUUUUUCUGACUGUCAGAAUGGAUUAGGGAUUAAAAUUAUUGGAGGUUAUCGGGACCAAACUGAAGAAGACUAUGGAAUUUUCAUAAAGAAAAUUUUGCCAGGAGGGAUGGCUGCCAUAGAUAACCGAUUGCUCACUGGAGAUCUAAUUUUAGAUGUCAAUGGAGAAAACUUAGUUGGUGUAACCAGUGAAAGAGCUGUUGACAUUUUGCGAAUGGCAUCAGCGACUAAUCACAUGUCUUUGCUGAUUACUAGAGAUGAAGAAGCAAAGAAAGAAUUUCUAGACCUGAUGGAUAAAUAUGGAUCAUGCAGUAACACAGGCUCUGCAAGAUGUUCACCAACACAACUGCUAGCUGGAAAACCUGUUGACAGCCUUUCUUCUGGAUCAUCCUCAAAGUCACAAAGUCCUCAGCUUCUGCAUCCAAAGGAUAUUGUCAUCAUCUACAAUGGAAAUAAUUCUGUUACCUCAACAUCCCCUCAACUCACAAAUGAUAGUGCAUUUCAGAUUAUCACUGUUUCCAAGGGAACGGGCCUGGGCUUGAACAUUGUGGGAGGAAUUAACAGAAAUGAAGGUCCCUUGGUAUAUAUUCAAGAAGUUAUCCCUGGAGGUGACUGUCAUAAGGAUGGACGACUGAAGCCUGGAGACCAGCUUGUAUCCAUAAACAAGGAGUCAAUGAUUGGAGUCUCCUAUGAAGAAGCAAAAAGUAUAAUCAACAGAACAAAGCUGAGAUCUGAAUCUGCCUGGGAGAUCGCUUUUAUCAGACAAAGAGUUUUUCCCAGUUAUUUUGAAAAUCCUCAAAGUCCUGGCAGUCUCUUGACAUCUUCUGCUGGAUGUGGACAACAACAGACACUACUCGCAUUUAAUCUUUCACCUCCUAAUGAGAAUCCAGCUUCAAAGGUGCCCACACCUUACACUAUGAAAACAGGAUUUAAGAAAAGAGAACAGUCUCCAAUUACUUCUGCAGACAGCAGCCCUGCUGAUGUGUCUGCUACUGCUGUUGCUUCCAACUGGACUGAAGAUUAUGGACCUCAAGAAAGGAAGAUUUCUCUGAACCCCACUGUUCGUCUCAAAGCAGAGAAACUGGAGAUGGCACUAAAUUAUCUUGGGAUUCAGCCCACAGACGAACAGCAGCGAGUCCUAAGGCACCAACUACAGAAAGAUGCUAAAGGGACAGUGUCUUUUGGAGAUUUUGUUCAGGUUGCAAGAAAUCUGUUCUGUUUGCAGUUGGAUGAAGCAGGUGGUGGCCAAAGACCUAUAACAUUUGGUGCCAGUGAAAUUGCCAAUUUAUUAGAUUCACAGCUUGUAUCCUGUGAUUCUUUGGAAAUGGAUGAUGUGGAAAGACUUAAAAGAGAAAGAAAUGAAGCUUUAAAAGAAAUAAGUAAAUUGAAGGACGAAUUGUGUGAAUCUGUAGGUCUACGAAAGCAGUUAACAGAGGAGCUACAAACUGUUAAACAAGAAGCCAAGGCAGCAGUGGAAGAGGCAAGAGCCCUGCGAAGUAGGAUUCAUCUUGCAGAAGCUGCACAGAGGCAGGCUCGUGGAAUGGAGAUGGAUUAUGAAGAAAUAAUCUGCCUAUUAGAAGCUGAAAUUACUGAGCUGAAGGCUCAGCUCACUGAUCAUUCUGGCCAAAAUAAAGAUAGUGUUCAAGAUUUAAGAAAGAGAAUUACUGUGCUUGACUGCCAGCUGCGGAAAUCAGAAUCGGCUAGGAAGACCUUUGAGAUGGCCACUGCAAAACUGCUGCAGUUUGUAGAGGUUGUGCAUGAAGUGCUAGCAGACAACUCCAUCCCCUUGUCAAAUUUAAGUGACCGAAGAGGCACAUUAUCUACCAAAACACUCCUGGCACGACUGGGGAGGAAUGGACGUACUGUCACAGCAACCCUUGCAGCAGAAGCCAAAGAUCUUACUAAAUCUGUCCAUGCCAUUCUGGAAGUAGAUUGCUUACCUUAUGGAUGGGAAGAAGCUUACACAGCAGAUGGAAUCAAGUACUUUAUCAACCAUGUAACACAGACAACAUCAUGGAUCCAUCCAGUGACCAGUGCACUGAACUUGUCCUGCUCCGGAGAGAAUGAGGAAGACCACAUCAGACAGCUUCCAGACCCCAAGAGCUGAGACUGGCCAGUGGUGAAGAGUUGUUUGUCUCAUUUCAGCACCUGAAUAAGAAGAUGUACACCUUCAAAUAGUUUAAUGUAAUAGCGCCUGAUCUUACGCCCACUGACGUCAAUAGGAGCUUUGCCACUGAUUUAGGUAGGAUCAUUUUCAAGGGUGAAGUUCACCCUGGCAAAAUUUCCACUUAAACCCUUAAGAACUUAGGUGGUGCACAGGACCUCGAUAAGUCCUGUGCACAGGGGUCACUCUCAUCCUCAUACCUUAGGAUUUGAUCCUGAUCUUUCACCACUUAUACACUGGUAUAACUUCAUUGGCUGGAAUGGAGUUAAUCCUGCUCCUAGUAUGAGAACAGAAUUGAGCCCAGUGGGUGUAAUUCUCACAGUGGCUUCACGCUGCUUGUAGAGCCAUCACGUACAAGCUGAGCUUUUUUACCAAUGCUGGUAGCUGUAAUAGAGAUGCCUUUUCUGUAAUUACUGAGUUAGUCUGUUUUUAUAGCAGAAACAUACAGUGUAUUUUGCUAGCAAAAGUUUAUGACAAUUUGUUAUAAGUAUUGCAGCCCAGAUGACUUUUUUACAACUAUUUUAAGAUGAAUAAUUAGGCCUUAGGAAGACAAGGCCUUGAUGAGUUGUCAAGUAUAAAGACACAAUUUUGGUUGAAAAAGCCAUACUCUGUCAGCAUAAUCAUGCAAUGAAAAUGAUUUCACUUUUCUACUUUGCUAAACCUAUAGACACAUGCAAAUAUUUCAGUAGAAGCUGUGAAGUUCCAAGUACGAUGAAACCUGUGAAAGCACCUCUGGGAUCAGCAGAAUUCAGUCACCUCCUAGAAGUAGGUCUUUCCGUAGAUACAAAACAAAAUCAUCUGGAGAUCUUGAGGACGUUUUAAAGGGGUUACUCAAAAUGAGGCGCUGCUGAGGCCCUACAAACAGGUUUCACUGUGCAUCAGCAGCAUGCGAUAUUUAAGAUAAUGUUACACUCAGCACAAAAGCUGACUUCUGCUCAGAGUGCCUGAUUCUCCAAUAGGUCACUAUAAAGGCUCUUUUCUUUUUUUUAUCUGUGACGGUGACAGCUAUUGACCAAUGAAUGAAAUAAGGAACACUAGAAGCACUGAUGAAUAUGCCAAAGAAAAACAGUGGUUCAAACCUUUAGGACCGGGCACAGGCUGCUGCCUGAAUUCCUUUUGGGAGCAUACAUAGGAGGGUGACACUCUGAAAAGAUCCAGCUUAGCUCCACUGGUCAAUUCGAAGCCAGUUCCCCAUCCCUCACACCCUCAAUGAGGAGUCUCUGACAAGUGGUGCGCUAGAUUUACAAGCCUUUGUAUUAGAGCAAAAGGACUUGACUUGUUUACAGCUCCUAUGCCUGUUGAAGCUCUCCC